GAUACAACUCGCCCGACCCCUAGACACCAGAAAUCGAUUCUCCUAUUGAUUCUCUUCGUCAAUUCUCAUCAUUCCUUUACGUGAGAACCUCGACCGCAAGCAUAUCUCACAUCUGCCAGGGAUCCAGCAAUGUUUGGUUCGGACUCCGCUGCAGCUAGCAACGUCAGCAAGAAAAGAGCAAUUGAUGAGGCACAGGAUUUCAGCUCUUCGCCACGGCGGUCAAAACGGACAAGACAGAGUAUCAACGUGGAUGAUAACGAUACAGAUUCCACCGCACUAGAAUCCGAGACACCUAAAAAACGCGCUCGGGGAAUCGUCACCAACGGCAACGCGACCAAGUCGCAAAAAAAAGGGACGGAAGUGAAAACAGAGGUUGAGGAGGAAGACACUUCUGAGAUCAUUGAAUCGAAGAAGUACUUUAAGUCUGUUCAAACGCAAAGGUCACCCCCUGUGAAAGACUCGCGCGAGGUCAAGGAAGAGCAAAUCGAAGCCGAGAAAAAGGAAACACCGUCCAAGAGUGUAACGAAAAAGCAGGCAUCCAAGAAGGAGAAGACUGCAGAAAUGGCAGUACCUCUGAAUGUAAGAACGAAAGGAUUGCAGAUGUUUGUGGGUGCUCACGUCAGUGCUGCGAAAGGGGUGCAAAACUCUGUGGUUAAUAGUGUACAUAUUGGGGGAAACGCCUUCGCGCUCUUUUUAAAGUCCCAAAGGAAAUGGGACAACCCGGCGCUGCAGGAUGAUCAUAGGGAGCAGUUUUUGAAAUUCUGCACAGAUCAUCAGUACGAUGCUGCAAAACACAUUCUGCCACAUGGUUCAUACCUAGUGAACCUAGCACAAGAGGACACAGUCAAGGCAAAGCAGGCAUAUGACUCUUUUCUCGACGAUCUCAAAAGGUGUGAGAAACUAGGUAUCAAGUUGUACAAUUUCCACCCCGGCGCAGUCGGUCAGAGUACACUUGAAUCGGCUACAUCCCGACUCGCACAGGCGUUGACAAAAGCACUGUCUGCAACAUCCACUGUGACGCCAGUAUUAGAAACAAUGUGCGGCCACGGCACGACCAUCGGUGGACCGCUCUCUGAAAUCGGGGCAGUAAUUUCUCAAAUCCCCAAAGAAUUCCAUUCUCGUGUUGGAGUCUGCGUCGAUACCUGUCAUAGCUUUGCUUAUGGCUACGAUUUAAUUUCUCCAGAGGGAUUUAAGUCAUUCAUGCAGGAGUUCGAUGAUAAAAUCGGUUUGCAGUUCUUAAGAGCAUUGCAUCUAAACGACUCAAAAGCCCCACGAGGCAGCAAACGGGAUCUCCACGCAAACAUAGGCACAGGAUUCUUAGGACUCCGUGCCUUCCACAAUGUGAUGAACGAAGAACGCUUCCAGGGCCUACCCAUGAUCCUUGAAACUCCCAUCGACAAACCUGAUCCUGCAUAUAGCCAGGCCCAAGCGAAUAGCCGGUCUAAAGAAGGAGAUAAUAACAACAGCGAGCAGGAUUCUGACGCACCGAAAAUGAAGAAAAAGAACCAACCCAAAAAGAAACCAUUAGGAAAGGCCCCUCCAACAAUCGAAGACAAGUCUAUAUGGGCUCGUGAAAUCAAACUUCUAGAAUCCUUGAUCGGAAUGGAUCCCGAAAGUGUAGAGUUUCGUGCCCUAGAGACCCAAUUAUCCGAAGCCGGGCGGGCGGAGAGAGAAAAACAUCAGGAACAAUACGAACGGAAGCUUGAGACAGAGUCUAAGAAAAAGCAGAAGGAGCUCGGGAAGGGCCAAAAGAACCUGGCGGAUAUGUUUCAGAAGGGGAAAAAAGGGAAGUAAUCUAGCUGACAGUCGUGAUGUAGAGGGUUGGACUUGCCUACUGUACAUGUUAGCAAAAUGUAACAUGUUUCAAAUUUUUUGUAUAACGAGAAAUGCAUAGAAGUGGUGGCUACGUGUGGGAGGUAUUGAAAUUGCACCAGGUUUAGUGUAACAGUGAAGAAAGAAGCACG